AUGGCAAAACACGACAAAACACAACAUACCCGUGAUCAGGAAAUGACAGACUCUGACACCGAAGACGAGCUAAGGCUUGAUGAGGGUGCCACGACAACCUCUCCUCAAGGAGAGGAAGAUGCCUCUGGUUCCGAUGUUGAGCAACAUAAGCAAGAUUCUUCAAGCAUGUUCCGACAUUCAUCUCCGAAGCCAAAAAUUGAUGAAGACGCCAAAGCAUUCUUGGAAUUUACCAAUAUUGUGAGUGAGAGUGCCAUUGCUCUGAGCAGUGGAAGCUCGUCCAUAUUUUUCAUCAACACAUCCGUUCCAGCAACAGCUUCGUUCGUAAAGAAUCCUCAAGCUCCCCCACCACCUCCCGACAUGGAGCUUCCAGACCAAGGAUUUGAAAGAGGUUCAAUUGUUCAUAAUGCAUCUGAACUGACAAGUCCACAUUCAUCUCUGAUCACACCUGUUCCAUAUAAAACUCCACAAAAAACCAAUGAAGGAAAGACAGAGGAAGUUCAGCAAGGUAAACAAAAAAGUAAGAGAAGUUCAAAACAGAAACAGGACAAGAAACAACAAGUUCAAAAAGACAAUGCACAAAACACUACGAUGAGCAGAAAACAAACAAAAACUUUCAAGGAUGAAACUUUGAAAGCCUCUGGAAUGACUGUUAAUGAUGAUGGAAACUCAAAAAAACGGAGAGGAAGACCACCAGGAAAGAAAGACAACGUCACUCCAACAAAGAAGAAAAAGGAUGAAGAUGAAACUGAGUCUCAACCAGGAAAUUUCUCUUCCAUACCCCCAACAUUGACAAAUCAAACUACAGGAAUGCAGGUUGGAAGAGGCAAAGAUAUAGUGUUGAAUGAAAGUUGCGAUCCUGCAGCUAACUCCAUCAUUUGUCAGAGCCUGUUCAACAGAGAGGUGUUGGACAAUACGUUCCUCUACAGAAAAAAUACGUUUGAAGCAGAUACUUAUUUCUUGCACCAAUUGGAUGAAGCACUUCUACAACAUCUUUCUCAAAAAGUCGUACAAAAGGAUAAAUUAAUUGAUUCCACUGCUCUGGUGUUGGAUUUGGACAUAACGAUCUAG